UUCAAUUGUUUAUGCCCGUCACCAAUUGCCAAAAAAUGGGCUCAAAUAUUUCAGUACCUGGCACUAGUACUAACUUAGUUACGGCCAAAUUGCCUCUGAGGGACAUCGCCCUCGAUGUUAAGCCCGGUCGUUCGACCAGCAGACCGAGACUUAACAAUGGACAAAUGGAAGUGGACGGGGGGCCCAAGGGAGAGGGCUUCCGGUCGUAUUACAUAACGAAAAUCGAGGAAUUGCAACUGAUUGUGGCCGAAAAAAGCCAGAAUUUGAGGCGUCUCCAAGCGCAAAGAAACGAGCUCAAUGCUAAAGUGAGGAUGUUACGAGAGGAACUAAUGCUGCUCCAAGAACAGGGAAGUUACGUGGGCGAGGUUGUUAAACCCAUGGAUAAGAAAAAAGUCCUAGUUAAAGUACACCCUGAAGGUAAAUUUGUGGUUGAUAUUGACAAAAACAUCGACAUUAACGACGUGACUCCCAAUUGUCGCGUCGCCCUACGUAAUGAGAGCUACACCCUGCACAAAAUUUUGCCCAACAAGGUCGACCCUCUGGUAUCCCUAAUGAUGGUGGAAAAAGUCCCCGACUCGACGUACGAAAUGGUCGGCGGUUUGGACAAACAGAUCAAAGAGAUCAAAGAAGUGAUUGAACUCCCAGUGAAACACCCGGAAUUGUUCGACGCUUUGGGGAUCGCUCAGCCCAAGGGAGUGCUCCUGUACGGCCCUCCGGGCACCGGAAAGACGCUCCUGGCCCGAGCUGUGGCCCACCACACCGAAUGCACCUUUAUCCGGGUUUCUGGCUCGGAAUUGGUCCAGAAAUUCAUCGGGGAAGGGUCGCGAAUGGUGCGCGAAUUGUUCGUAAUGGCCCGAGAACACGCCCCUUCGAUCAUCUUUAUGGACGAGAUUGAUUCAAUCGGGUCGUCGAGGAUUGAAUCGGGCUCAGGGGGCGAUUCUGAAGUCCAACGAACAAUGUUGGAAUUGUUGAAUCAAUUGGACGGGUUUGAAGCAACGAAAAAUAUCAAAGUUAUUAUGGCGACCAAUCGAAUUGAUAUUUUGGAUCCGGCACUCUUAAGGCCGGGGCGUAUUGAUCGGAAAAUUGAGUUUCCGCCACCGAAUGAAGAGGCGCGGCUUGAUAUUUUGAAAAUACAUUCGAGAAAAAUGAAUCUAACACGUGGGAUUAAUCUGAGGAAAAUCGCAGAGCUGAUGCCGGGCGCCAGUGGGGCCGAAGUCAAGGGUGUCUGCACUGAGGCCGGGAUGUACGCCUUAAGAGAGCGCCGCGUCCACGUGACUCAGGAGGACUUCGAAAUGGCCGUAGCCAAAGUGAUGCAAAAGGAUUCAGAAAAGAACAUGUCGAUUAAAAAAUUGUGGAAAUAAUUUUAUUUUAAUAAAAAUUAGUAACUUGAUCGUUUGCAGCUUCGCUUCGAUAUCUUCACACAGUGGUUUAGUGACUUUUGAUACAAUUUGGACUAAGGCGAGUGUUUGAAGGGCGUUAUUGUGCAACAUAGUCAACUCAUCCUCAAUGUAAUCCCCCUGCCCUUCGUGUCUUUGGACUUCUUCCUGAGUUAGAAUCCGCGAUAGGCUUGAAAUACCUGCAAAUUUCCCCUGUUUGGCAUUUUUUGUAGAUUUAGAUAAACACUCACUUUCUAGAUUAUUUUUGUAAAAUUCGUUGUCUACAAUCUCGAGCUCCACUUCGCGUCUUUGGCACUCCGCCCCCCGUUUGCAGGCUUGAAAGCAGGUCAAUUGCACGUGGUUAUCGGUGGCCCCAGCGCCACUCUCAUUCUGAUAAACGGAAAAAAUUAAUCCCACAAACAGCGGGUCCAUGGUUUGGUACAUAAGCUGGGUCCUAACAUCUAACUCUGGGGUAAAAAUCACUCAACAAAAAACAACACCAAACUUGCCUACGUGACUCGGCCACACUGUGAUGUGGGGGUGCGAGUGGUACCAACCCAACACCCGCAUCGGCCUGUGUAAUUUACUCGCCAGUUCUUCCGCAUAACCACUGGCCGUGCACAACUGUUCGGGGGAGAUUUCCACUCGGUCGGGUUGUUUGUCGCUUCUGUGUAGAAUUACACAGGCGGAAAUGUAUGAAAUGCAGGAUUGUUCGUUCACCUGGAAAAAAAUUGUAAUUUUGGGGGAAAUACUCGCAAAGGGGCGCGUUACCUCACCGAUGAGGAGACCCAUGACCUCCUCUUUUUCGGUGGUUAGGGCGUGCUGGAAGCACGCAGUGUAUACAUCACUCGAUAAAACGACUUUUUUCAAAUACUUUUCGUCCGAGAUCAUUUUUGGUUUAGUUAAGUGAGACAAUUUGACGCAGUUUAAUUAAAAAAGCUCAUUUUUAUCGCUGAAGUAUCACAAAAAGUUUGGUUAUGUUUAUCUGACAAUUGUCAAAAGCUCAAAGCAUCAGAAAGUGACAAAUGGAAAGUCCCCAGUACGUAGUUAAAUCCCUAAAUAAAUUGGGCGUUUUUUAAAUAUUUUUAUUAAUAAUUAUGUUUUUUUUAUUCAUUACAGGACUAAUAUUUGGUUUUCAGGACCAGAUAAACAGUUAAUUCAUUUAAUUUGUCAAAAAUUUCUCUUAAGAGUUUUACAAUAAAACUUGUUAAUACAAAAAAUAAGACAAUUGAAAAAAAAUAAAAAUACAUUCCAAAAAAUGAUAAAAUGCACUCUCAAUAUCAACAAUAAAUCAAGUUAUAAAAAAAACACUUGAACUGAGAGUAUUUUCCACCGUAACUGAAAAAUAAUAGUCCUAAAGAAAUCAGUGUUUGCUACUAAAUAUUUAUUUUUUUCUCUUUGUAUGUGAUUGAUUUUUUUUAAACUAUAGUACCAAUUAAUAAAUAAAACUCAGUCUUUGUUAAAAAAUUUAUUAAAAUGGAAGACAUGGCUUUAAACACCUCCUCAAACCACCUCCUUCUCAGUCACUGAAAAAGUAUCGACAGUACUCGCUGAAUUGACCGGAGAAUCUAAAGGCCUUGAGGAAAAACCCCUUUUGCACAAAGCUGCGAUUUGGACUGGGUCCCGUCCUCUCGUUUCGGGCAAAUAAAACCUAAAACACAGUCAAUUUUUUUCUCUCUUUUUUUUACGAAAUUACCUGACAAAAAAGAACAAAGCGACGACAACAAGGGCAAAAAUAAAAAACGAAGCGGCCCCCAGAAACAUCAACAUGGCCUGAAAACACAAACCGACGAUAAAAUUCCCGCCCCAGUUGGCCAUACUGCCAAGGGCCAUGGCACUAGGUCGUGGCCCCACUUCAAACAGCUCGGAUCCGAUGAAAUAAGGGAUAGGGCCAAGGGCGAUUCCGUAGCAAAUCACGAAACCUAAAACUCCGACGAUGCUCAAAUAGGGCAUCCAGGAGAAGUGGGA